AACUAUUUUUGAAUUUACAAAACAAAUAUCAAGAAAAUUAGCAGAAUGCUUCUAAAAUACUAUUUUUAAAGAUAAUCUAAUGCUUUUUGUUAAACUAUCGAUUUGGUAAAUCGAAUCGAAUUGAAUGUUAUGUAUAUUAUGUAUCACAGGCGCAGGUUAUAUGUAUUUUCUAAGUGACAUUUAGUGAUAGCUCUAUUCUCAUUUGACAUUAAUAAAGAUUUAUUUUUGUAAACAUCUCUGCUAUUUAUCUUUCACAAUCUAAAUGGAAACUAAACCAAAAAGUGAACAUCUACUAGAAUUGAAAGUGAUGAGAUUAACACGACCUAUGAUUGCAAGUCCAGUAGUUAUUACUUGUGAUUCAACAGAUCUUCCUGGUAAUACUUUAAAUAAUGAGCUUAAGAAUGAUUGUACUGCAUUACAAGGAAUGGAAACCCUUGCAGUAGGACAGUUUAUGGUAUUACCGCAAAGUUUUGGUAACAUUUAUUUAGGUGAAAUAUUUUCAAGUUAUCUUUGUGUACAUAAUGGCAGCAAUCAGAUCGUAAAGAAUGUUAUUGUUAAAGCAGAUUUACAAACAAGCACACAGAAUAUAUCUCUUUGUGGUAAUAGUGGAGAAAUGAAAGAUUUAGCACCUGACAGUACAGUUGAUGAAGUCAUACACCAUGAAGUAAAAGAAAUAGGCACACAUAUAUUAGUAUGCGAAGUAACUUAUACCCCAGGAAAUUUAGGUAGCACUGCACAAUCAUUUAGAAAAUAUUUUAAAUUUCAAGUGGUAAAACCAUUAGAUGUUAAAACAAAAUUUUACAAUGCAGAGUCAGAUGAAGUAUAUCUGGAAGCACAAAUACAGAAUCUCACAGCUGGCCCAAUUUGUUUAGAAAAGGUUUCGCUUGAAUCAUCUCAUUUAUUUAGUGUAUCAACAUUAAAUACAAAUGAAAAGGGAGAAUCUAUUUAUGGAUUACUUAAUAUAUUAGAUACUGAUUGUAGUAGACAAUAUUUAUAUUGUUUAAAACCACAAUUGAGUUUAUUGAAAGAUCCAAAAAUGAUGCAUAAUGCAACAAACAUUGGAAAGUUAGAUAUUGUUUGGAGAAGUAACUUAGGGGAAAGAGGAAGAUUACAAACAAGUCAAUUGCAAAGAAUGGCACCUGAAUUUGGUGAUAUACGAGUUACAAUGAAAAAUAUUCCUCUCACAGUAUACCUUGAACAAUCAGUGAAUUUUAAUUGUCAUAUAAUAAAUACGUCUGAAAGAAGCAUGGAUUUAAUGUUAAGUUUGGAAUCAAGUAGCUCUAUAGCAUGGUGUGGAAUAUCUAAUACAAUGAUAGGAACAUUGAAACCUGGUGUUUCGAUAGAUAUUCCUUUAUGUUUAAUUCCCUUACGUAGUGGUAUAAUAACAAUUUCGGGAUUAAAAUUAACGGAUACAUUUUUGAAGAGGGUAUAUGAUUAUGAUGACUUGGCACAAAUAUUUGUUAGCCAAAUAGACUAGUCAAAAGGUUAAGUAGUUAGUAAAAUUGCGUUCAUUAACCUAAUAUAUUUUACUAAAUAAAUAGACGUUUAUUAAUAUAUUAAGGAAUAUCAAUAUGGAAAGGAAAAAAAAAGAAGAACAAUGAUUUUUAUAAAAUAAAUUCUUUAAAAAUAA